AUGUCCCAGAACAUUAGACACAAAAAGAGCAAUGACAAAAGCGGCCCAAUGGAGCAACAUGCUAAUGUCAUUCAUGAUCCAUCGGCGGAGAAAGCCACAACAAUGGGCAGCGUAGCCAGGGCGGAUACGUCAGAGGUUGCUGAAGCCGGUGAUGGGAAUGAAGAAAGUAAUUCAAAGCGUUUCUCGAUUUCAAGUAUUUUGAGUAAAAGGGAGACGAAAGACGUCCUUCCGGAGUUCGCCGGCAGUAGUUCUCAUAAUGGGGUACUCACAGCAAAUUCAUCAAAGGACAUGAAUUUUACUUUGGAAUUAAGCGAGAACUUACUGGUAGAGUGUAGAAAAUUGCAAUCUUUCAAUGAAGCCAAAGAUGAACAGAUUGAGUCCCUCAAACAAACCAACGGAUCAUUAAAUGACAAAAUUGAGAACCUCAAUAGUCAAAAUAAUUCCUUUAUGAAAGAGUUGGACUCGAUUAAGGAUCUCAAUUGGGAUCUGGAAUCUAAGCUGACCAACCUUAGUAUGGAGUGUAAGCAAUUGAAAGAAUCGAAAAAAAAGACUGAAAGAUCUUGGAACGAUGAAAAGGAGAGCUUGAAAAUUUUAAAAACAGAUUUAGAAAUCUUAACGUUAACCAGAAAUGGUAUGGAAAAAGAUCUCGACUUUCAUAAACUCCGUUAUGAAAAGGAGAUUGGCGAACUUAAGGGGAGAAUAUUGGACUUAAAUAAUGAAAACGAUAGACUGAUUAUUAGUGUUUCUGAAUUGACAAGUCAAAUCAAUUCUUUGCAAAGCGACAAAACCACACUAGAAAUACAAAAGCAAUUUAAGCAUGCCAAAGCGGCUGUCUCCUCGUUAAAACGGAAAGUGCAAAGAAAGUAUCGCCUAAAACAACGUAAAUUGGACAUGACAAUGUCAUCUGAUUCUGAUACAGGAUCUACUUCUAGCGAGGAAGAUAUUUUUGAUAUUGUGGCCGAUAUUGACCACUUAAUCGAAGCUCAUCCCCCCGUUGAGGAUCUUUCUGAAGAUGUCGUUAAGGAAUACUUAGAGAAGAACUAUAUGACAUUGCUGCCCAAUGAUUCAUACAAUGACUUAUUAGAAAAGACCAAACAUGCAUCCCAGUCCAGAGACGAUGAAUUAAUGACUAAAAAGGUGGCCGAAAACUUGAAUAUGAUAGCAUUACCAAACGACGACAAUCACAACAAAAAGGAAUAUUCAUUCGAAUCUCAUAUCCAAUAUUUAGAGAGUUCAGGCUACAAAGUCCUUCCUUUAGAAGAGUAUUUGAACUUAAAACAAUCCAUAUCAAGUCCAUCAUAUAGUUAUUUGAAAGAGAAACUUCAAGCAUCAAAAAAGAUUCCUAUAGAUGAACAUAUCUCUCACCUACUGGAGGAACCCACCAUUGAUUUUUUGCUGCCUCUAACAUCCAAAAUUGACUGCUUGAUAAUACCAACUAAAGACUAUAAUAACCUUGUUAAGACUACGAAGAAUCCGUCAGUAGCGCAGGUGAAAAAAUACUUGGAAUGCAACAGCGACUUAGAAUCUUCCAUUUUUGGAUUGAUUGGAGAGAAAAAUAACUGCAAAUUACUCAACAAUGAUGAGUACUCUUCUAUGAUCAAUAAAAUAGAAGCUCCAUCAAAAGAAUACCUAUCAAGUAAGGCUAGAGAGUAUGAUCAAGAAUUGAUUGAUAUUAAAAAAUUAAAAGAUCUGGAAUCCCCAACAAUGGAUUUUUUAAAGGAAAAAGCUUCUGAAACCAAUUACUUAUUACUGAAGAAGGAAGACUACGACCACCCAUCUUUGGAGUACCUAGUUGAACACGCGAAGAGCGCUGAUCACCACUUGUUAUCAGAGAGUGCAUACAGUGAUCUAGUCAAAUUUAAGGAGUCGCCUGAUAUCGAAUUUUUGAAGGAGAAAUCCACAAGUUUGGGUCACACAAUAGUCUCCAAUGACGAAUACUCCGAACUGCAGAGACAACUGGAACAACCAUCUUUGGAGUACCUAGUUGAACACGCGAAGACCGCUGAUCACCACUUGUUAUCAGAGGGUGCAUACAGUGAUCUAGUCAAAUACAAGGAAUCGCCUGAUCUUGAAUUUUUGAAGGAGAAAUCCACAAGUUUGGGUCACACGGUAGUCUCCAAUGAGGAAUACUCGGAGCUACAGAGACAACUGGAACAACCAUCUUUGGAGUACCUGGUUGAACAUGCGAAGAGCGCUGAUCACCACUUGUUAUCAGAGAGUGCAUACAGUGAUCUAGUCAAAUUUAAGGAGUCGCCUGAUAUCGAAUUUUUGAAGGAGAAAUCCACAAGUUUGGGUCACACAAUAGUCUCCAAUGACGAAUACUCCGAACUGCAGAGACAACUGGAACAACCAUCUUUGGAGUACCUAGUUGAACACGCGAAGACCGCUGAUCACCACUUGUUAUCAGAGGGUGCAUACAGUGAUCUGGUCAAAUUUAAGGAAUCGCCUGAUAUCGAAUUUUUGAAGGAGAAAUCCACAAGUUUGGGUCACACAAUAGUGUCCAAUGACGAAUACUCCGGACUGCAGAGACAACUGGAACAGCCAUCUUUGGAGUACCUGGUUGAACACGCGAAGACCGCUGAUCACCACUUGUUAUCAGAGGGUGCAUACAGUGAUCUAGUCAAAUUUAAGGAGUCGCCUGAUAUCGAAUUUUUGAAGGAGAAAUCCACAAGUUUGGGUCACACAAUAGUGUCCAAUGACGAAUACUCCGGACUGCAGAGACAACUGGAACAGCCAUCUUUGGAGUACCUGGUUGAACACGCGAAGAGCGCUGAUCACCACUUGUUAUCAGAGGGUGCAUACAGUGAUCUAGUCAAAUACAAGGAAUCGCCUGAUCUUGAAUUUUUGAAGGAGAAAUCCACAAGUUUGGGUCACACGGUAGUCUCCAAUGAGGAAUACUCGGAGCUACAGAGACAACUGGAACAACCAUCUUUGGAGUACCUGGUUGAACAUGCGAAGAGCGCUGAUCACCACUUGUUAUCAGAGAGUGCAUACAGUGAUCUAGUCAAAGUUAAGGAGUCGCCUGAUAUCGAAUUUUUGAAGGAGAAAUCCACAAGUUUGGGUCACACAAUAGUCUCCAAUGACGAAUACUCCGAACUGCAGAGACAACUGGAACAACCAUCUUUGGAGUACCUGGUUGAACACGCGAAGACCGCUGAUCACCACUUGUUAUCAGAGGGUGCAUACAGUGAUCUAGUCAAAUUUAAGGAGUCGCCUGAUAUCGAAUUUUUGAAGGAGAAAUCCACGAGUUUGGGUCACACAAUAGUGUCCAAUGACGAAUACUCCGGACUGCAGAGACAACUGGAACAACCAUCUUUGGAGUACCUGGUUGAACAUGCCAAGAGCGCUGAUCACCACUUGUUAUCAGAGGGUGCAUACAGUGAUCUAGUCAAAUACAAGGAAUCGCCUGAUCUUGAAUUUUUGAAGGAGAAAUCCACAAGUUUGGGUCACACAAUAGUCUCCAAUGAUGAAUACUCGGAGCUACAGCAGAAGUAUUCCCAAGUGCAGAACCAACUGGAACAGCCAUCUUUGGAGUACCUGGUUGAACAUGCCAAGAGCGCUGAUCACCACUUGUUAUCAGAGGGUGCAUACAGUGAUCUAGUCAAAUUUAAGGAAUCGCCUGAUAUCGAAUUUUUGAAGGAGAAAUCCACGAGUUUAGGUCACACGGUAGUCUCCAAUGAGGAAUACUCCGAAUUGCAGCAGAAGUAUUCCCAAGUACAGAACCAACUGGAACAGCCAUCUUUGGAGUACCUGGUUGAACACGCGAAGAGCGCUGAUCACCACUUGUUAUCAGAGAGUGCAUACAGUGAUCUAGUCAAAUUUAAGGAAUCGCCUGAUAUCGAAUUUUUGAAGGAGAAAUCCACAAGUUUGGGUCACACAAUAGUCUCCAAUGAUGAAUACUCGGAGCUACAGCAGAAGUAUUUCCAAGUGCAGAACCAACUGGAACAGCCAUCUUUGGAGUACCUAGUUGAACACGCGAAGACCGCUGAUCACCACUUGUUGUCAGAGAAUGCAUACAGUGAUCUAGUUAAAUACAAGGAGUCGCCUGAUAUCGAAUUUUUGAAGGAGAAAUCCACGAGUUUAGGUCACACGGUAGUCUCCAAUGAGGAAUACUCCGAAUUGCAGCAGAAGUAUUCCCAAGUACAGAACCAACUGGAACAGCCAUCUUUGGAGUACCUGGUUGAACACGCGAAGAGCGCUGAUCACCACUUGUUAUCAGAGAGUGCAUACAGUGAUCUAGUCAAAUUUAAGGAGUCGCCCGAUAUCGAAUUUUUGAAGGAGAAAUCCACAAGUUUGGGUCACACAAUAGUCUCCAAUGAGGAAUACUCGGAGUUACAGCAGAAAUAUUCCCAAGUGCAGAAACAACUGGAGCAACCAUCUCUAGAGUAUUUGGCUGGACGUGUAGAAACAUUAGGAAAGAAGAUCAUACCAGUAUCAGACUUUAGAGCGUUAAAUAAUCCAUCUUUGGAAGACCUAAUUUCAAGGUUACGCAAACUAAAGUAUCAAGCGAUUCCAAAAGAUGAAUAUGCUGAAUUGAGGAAAAUGAUGGAAGAACCAGAUGUUCAACUGUUACAAUCUAAGUUGAAAGGCUAUCAUAUAAUUGAUAUAUUGACAUUCAAUGAACUGAUCAGCCACUCUACCUCCCCGACAAUGGAGUUUAUCAGAGAGAAGGCGGGAAGCAAAGGUUAUGAUUUGAUUAAAGUUGAAAAAUAUCUUGAUAUGAAUAGGAAAGCCUCAGAUCCUUCUAAAGAAGAGAUAUUUGACUUUUGCAAACGAAUUGGGUAUUAUGCGUUGGAGUUGAAAGAACUUGAAGCAUUAAAAAACUCUGUGAAGAAUCCUUCUAAGAAAUAUAUCGAGGAAAAGGCCGACCAAUUUGAUCUUGCAGUAAUUGAUAGAGUAGAUUAUCAGGCAAUGAAGGACAAGUUAAACGAUAGGGACUCUACUAUUUCAUCGAAGGCGUUCGGUCUUGUCCCAAUACCUGCUCCAUCGCUUGCUAGGCCGCCACUGCAAAAUACUGCGUUAUCUGACAUGGAGAAAAAAUUAGGAAGUUUAGGUUAUGUUGCGGUUAAGAAGGAAAAAUUAGCAAGCAUAGAAAAACCUGUGUUUGAAGGUGCCUCUAAAGAUGAUGUGUUGAAACUAUGCUCCGAGUUCGGCCUAACGCCAUUAUCUAAUGAAGAAUAUGAGAAAAUGAGGAAGGAGCACGCUGAAGUGCUGAAAACAUUUAACGAUCCAUCUUUUUAUUUCUUAAAGAAGAAGUGCGAAGGGUACGGAUUGAUUUUAAUGGAUAAACACGUUUACGAAGAGACACAAGAGGCUCUUGAGAAUCCAUCUCAUGAUUUCAUUCAAGAAAAAGCAUUAGCAUCAGGGUAUGAUUUGAUCGGUAAGGCCGAGUUAGCGCAUAUCAAACAGGAAAUCAAUUCACCUAGUAUUGACUAUAUACAAGAAAAAGCUUCCCAAAACAACAUGGUGCUAUUGACGAGUGAAGAAAAGGGGACCUUGCAAAAUAAAAUGGAGCAUCCUUCCCUAACGUAUCUGAUUGAGAAGGCUGCUGAAAUGAAUAAGAUAGUUAUUGACCAAGUUGAGCAUGAUGAAAUUCUAAGGAAAUGCGGGCAUCCCGAUCGGAAAGAGAUAGAGGAAUACUGUCAUCAGCUGAAUUUAGUUUUACUGAACAAGGAUGAGCAUAAAGCCUUGCAAGAUUCCAUAGAAAAUCCUAACGUGGAAAACUUGAAAAAUACACUAAGCAAGUUAAGCUACGUUGCAUUGCCCACAUCUGAAUAUAACUCAAUGGUCACAAACCAUGAUCAUCCCAGCUUGGAUUACCUAGAAGAAAAGGCUGCUUUGACGAAUCAUGUUUUAGUAGAUGAAGAUGAUCAUAUAAAUAUUUCGUCAGCAUUGGCGCAUCCAACAGAGGUCUAUCUUUCCGAAAAGGCAUCCUUACUAAAUAAAGUUCUAAUAAACAAAGACGUUUAUGAUAAUAUGUCACGCACAGUCAAGGACCCAGGAGAGGACUACUUGUCUACUAAGGCAUUAUCUAUGGGAAAAAUAUUAGUUAAUGAGUCUACGCAUGAAAGCAACGAGAAACUAUUAUCUGAACCAAAUGCUGAAUUUUUGGUCAAAAAAGCCAGGGAAAAAGGGUUUAUCGUCAUUUCUGAAGAGGAGUAUUCAAAACUGCAAACUCAAAUUGGUGACCUCAGCUUAGAUAUUUUAAAGAAAAAGGCCACCAAUUUUGAUAGUGUCAUAAUAGACAAUGCAGAAUAUCAGCGGCUGUCGAACAGUACGAUUGUCCGUACUCCCAUUACUUAUGAAGAAUUGGAAGCAUAUGCCCAGCAAUUUCAUAUGGAAUUAUAUCCAUUAAAUUCCGAUGAAUUUUCUCAGCACGUGCAAUCACGCCCCAUCGAGAACCCAGAGCACAUUGAUGAGCAAUCGUUAGAAACAACAAGCAGUAACUCGACUACAACAUCAAGUAUGUUUACUGAUGCAUUGGAUGAUAAUAUAUCAGAGUUUAACGACAAUGACUUUGACCAAAAUGAGGAUAUUACUGACAUAAUCUCGAAGUCAUCCACAGUCAAAGACGUCCCUAACAACACUCUUACAUUUGAAACAAUUGCAAAUUGUGCUGAAAUUUUAGGUUACAAACUAGUUUCUAUCGAAGAUUCAAGUGUGAAUUUUAUGAAUAAGGAGACCCCUUCAUUUGUAAAAGAUAAUGACGACGUUAGUAUUUUUAGCAGUAUCGAUCUUAACAAAUUAUCUAAGAAGGCAGAAAAAUGCGGCAUGUCCCUCAUCUCCGAUGAUGAAUUAAGGGAAUAUCAUAAACUAAAAGAUAGCGCGGCCCAUUUGAAUGAUGAAAUGGAAGAAACGAAUAAUUUCGAGUUAGAAAAUCGAACUUCAACGACAGAAAUAGCAAACACAUCCGAAGAAUAUGAACUCAAAAAUGAUCUUGCUCGUAAAAGUGUAAAUGAAGAAGAAAUCUUUGAUAAGGCACGUGAAUUAAAUUUAUUUGUUCUCAACGAGAAAGAGUAUACAGAAUUACUGGUUAAAUCUAAGGAUCAUUUGAUAUCUGCAACUGAUGUCAUCCGUGAGGCCGCCAAUCUCGGCUUAGUACCUGUAGAGAGGCAAAAGCUAGAAGAGAUCAAAUAUGAACUAGCUCAUCCAACAUUUUCAAAAGAGCAGCUGAAAAAACACGCUGGUGAUCGUAACGAGCUUUUGACAAGUAGAGAUAAAACACUUUUACCAAGAGAUGACAACACAAUGAGUCAAGGUGAAGUGGUUUAUGAUGACAACAUUUCCGACAGCCUUGCAGAUGAGACACAAGAAAUCCGAGAUGAUGUAGAUAUCAUUAACACCCAGGCCAAAAAAUAUGGAAUGUUAUGUAUACCUGAAAGUGCCUUCGUGAUUCCACCUUAUACAGAUGCUCCAGAUACAGGCAAUAUAGUUGCCCUCCCCACUUCCUAUUAUAAGAAGCUAUUAUCGACGGAAGACAAGAAAUGGAACUGUGUAAAUAAUGAAGACUUACAAGCAGAAGCUAGAAAGCGUGGAUUCCAAGUUGAACUAUCACCAAAGAAUGAUGCUGGGGUUCAAGCCACGGCGUCUAAACAGGAAGGCCGGUCAUCUAAACUGAACACCAAACUUUCUACUACAUCCACAAAAUCUGAAGUAAAAAAGGGACUCGCCGAAGCUGCUGCAACCACCGCUUAUGAGGAUUCCGAAAGCCACCCACAAGUACAACGACAACAACAACAGCCUCAUCAUCGUAAUCACAGAAACCUUAAGCGCCAACAGAGCCUAACAAAUUCGACUUCAACUACGAAGACAGCGCAUUCUAGGAGUACUUUAACCCCUAGGAAAGAUGUUAUGGCAUCGUUUAUGUCACGUACAGGAUCGGUUGAUAGAGCGGUAUCUUUGCAAACUUUAGCCUCAUUAAAUGAGCCAAGCAUAAUACCCGCAUUAACUCAAACUGUCAUUGGGGAAUAUUUAUUCAAGUAUUAUCCACGCUUAGGACCUUUCGGAUUUGAAUCACGCCACGAAAGAUUCUUUUGGAUCCAUCCGUAUACCCUAACUUUAUACUGGUCAGGAUCUAAUCCUAUCUUAGAGAAUCCCGCCAAUACAAAAACAAAGGGUGUUGCCAUUCUGGGAGUUGAGAGUGUUACAGACCCGAACCCAUAUCCUGCAGGAUUGUAUCACAAGAGUAUUAUCAUCUCUACAGAAACCAGGAAUAUCAAGUUUACCUGUCCUACAAGGCAAAGACAUAAUAUUUGGUAUAAUUCGUUACGUUAUCUAAUACAAAGAAAUAUGCAAGGAAUAAGCUUAGAGGAUAUUGCUGAUGACCCAACGGAUAAUAUGUAUUCAGGAAAGAUCUUCCCAUUGCCCGGCGAAAACACCAAGAGCUCUAGUAAAAGGCUUAGCGCAUCGAGGAGAAACAUAUCCACCAGAUCACUAAGAAGUAGAGUUCCAAAAAGCCGAUCAUUUGGCAAUUUGAGAUAA